AUGGCGGUGGACAUCGACGGCGGCGCAGACCCUGCGUGGGCGGGCGCGCUACUCGGGUACGCGAGGGGGGCCGGCGUCCGCUUUGUGCGCGCGGGCUGGCUGCGCGGGCAGCUGCGGGCGCGGGCGGCUGCCGGCGCGGCGGGCUGGCCAGGGCUGCCGCGGCUGCAGGACCUGCCCGCGGCGGGCGCGCUGGUGACGCACGAGGAGCUGUGGCGGUGCCUGCAGCUGGAGCGCCAGCCGCUGGUGGUCUCGCACCCCUGGCUGUCUGCGGUGCACCCAGACCCAGAGGGCGUGCAGCUGGAGCGGAUCUGCGGCUUCCUGGACGGCGCCGAGGGCUGGGUCGACGCCGACGGCCCCGUCCGCGUGCCGGACGACCACCCGGUCUUCCUGGACUGGUGCUGCCUGCCCCAGCACGACGGCCGGCACCCAGACAUCGCCGCGCUCCAGGCCCUUGGCCCGGACGCGCGCAGGGCCGAGCUGCUCAGGCUGGCCGCGGCGGGGCACGGCGCCGCCCUGGCGCCGGGGGAGCAGGCCGCCCUCGCGGCGGCGCUGCAGGGCUUCCAUGCGCUGUUCGGCUCCGACCACACCAAGGUGCUCUGCCUGGACGGCGCAGUGCCGAAGGGCGCUGCGAACACAGUGCCGUACCUCAGGAGGGGCUGGUGCCUCCUCGAGCAGCUCCUGGCCCGCCGCAGCGCCGGCGGCUUCGCCUGCGAGGCCGUGGGCCCCGGCGCCACGCCGGAGGCGCCUGUGCCACUGACGCCCGAGCUCUUCCGCGCGGCCCUGGAGGGCCUGCACUUCGGCGGCGGCGUGGGGGACCGCGAGGCCGUCGCCCUCCUGUACGAGCGCGCGUUCGCGGCGCGCGCCGCCGCCGGGGAGCUCCUGCUGCGGGGGCUGCGGGGCGGCGGACGUGGAGCCCCUGCGCGCGGCGCUUCUUGCGCUGCCCGCGGUACAGCACGCCUUCGUGGACGGCUCGUCCCUGGGCGUCCAGGGGGCGGAGCUGCUGGCCGCGGCGCUCCCCGCCGCCGCUGGACUCCGCACGCUGGACCUGGGCGCGUGCGGCCUGGGCGACCGCGGGGCCGAGGCGCUGGCCUCGCGCCUGCGGGCCGCGCCGCUGCCAGGGCUGCAGGUCCUCCACGUGGCGGACGCCGCCCUCGGCGACGGCGCCGCU